AUGUACACGUUUUUCGGCAUGAUCGUGGACAUGGCAGUGCGGCUUUUCCACGAGCCGGCACAAAUGUUCGAUGAGCUGACACAGUUGGGGCUGAAGCACAUCAUGUUUCAGGCUGACUCUCAGUUCUUCCAGCCGUGGGUCGCGGCACUGGUGGCGGAAAUCCAGCUGAUCUGCCAGGAUGAGAAAGUGGUUGAUGCGAUGAACUUUGCGCUUUGCGUGAUUGGUAGCAUCAUCGGACAAGCACUGGAAGCUGGCGCCACGCCCAUCCUGAAGGCCAUUGUCACGGACGAUGUCAAGGCCUUGAAGAAGGCAUUGGCUGCGACACCCAGGGGCCAGCGGGCAGAAGCCAUCCUGGGUCGUGGCUACCCUUAG